UUAGAACCAGGUCAAGAAUCUCAGCCUUUUCUCCAUUAUUUUAUUACUGGAACUUUAAACCCAUUUUGUAGUAUUAUGCUUCAUGGCUUUCCCUGAAAUGAUGUAUUUGAGACAGUUUUGGCAGGACUAUUAUACUGCAUUCUCGUGUUGUUUUCACCGAAUAUGAAGCCCAGACUUCCACUGUUCAUCAGUGUCUCACUGGAUUCGUGGAAAACACGGAAGCUAAACCGGAAGUAAGUGUACAUUGCUGAGGAAAAGUUCCUACAGGCACGUAUCCAGGUGGAGGAGCCUUCAUUUCUUCCAGAGCGGCCAGGACAACGCAAUGGCAAGCCUGUGUGAUGCUAGCUAACCGCUUGAUUUAACCACACAGUGACCCAAAGGGUGGAGUUAGCUUCGGGGAGCGGUUUAAGGGGAAUCAAGGGAAGUGUAUUUCAGCAUUUGUGUAGUUUGGCGUGCGAUACCAUUGCUUAGCUAAACUGCUCCAGAAAGCAACACUGAAAACAAGAUGGAGGACUCCAAUGGCAGUAAGCCCUUAAUUGUAACUUCUUCCCUGUCUUUCCAAGUCAACGCGCCUUCUUUCUACAAUCAGCCGAAAAAGUUUGCCUCCGUGGCCCCUCCUCGACCAAAAGGAUUGUCUAACCAAUCACAGCCUCCAACCUUCUCCUCGUCAAUUGCAAGCACAGCUACAGUUGGUCGGGUUGGCGAGAUUCCACCACCUCUUUCGUCCAUUAGCGAUGAUUUUCCACCCCCUCCUCCUCCAGUGGACGCAGAGCUGCCAGCCCCUCCCCCAGAAUGUCAUCUCACACCCACUGAGGUCCCUCUCCCUGCAUUCCCUCCCCCUCCCCCAGUUGCAGAAGACUUGCCCCUCCCAGCUCCUCCUGAAGAUGUAAGCUUCAUGCCCUCAGAUUCUUCUCCCGCUCCUCCUCCACCUCCUCCCCCUCCCCCUCCUGCACCUCCGCUCCCAGAGUCUGGCACCGGUGUCAGUUUUCAGAAAUCAUUGGAGAAGCAGACUAGUUUUGACCGACAGCUGGACUCUCUAACUGAUAUGUUAUCAGAAAUGGAAACAAGACGACCUUUCAACCCAAAGGUGUCCAGUCAGCUGUCAUCAGUGCCUACCCCAAAGCCAUUUGCUCCUCCUCCCACAGCCCCUAAACCCUCCUUGUCCUUCUUGCCCCCACCAGAGCUGCAGGAUCGCCCUCCGCCUGCCCCCUGGGCAGAAGAGCUACGUGCUCGUACCACACUGAGACAAGGUGGCACAAGUGCACCCUCUGCUCCAGCAUCUGGAGCACCACUGGGUAAAGGACCUGCAGCCACUCUAAAGACCACAUUCACUCCCAGCCAGCCAGCUUCUAAUUUGAGCCCCAAACCUGGAAACAAAACGAGUUCUACCGCUCCACAAGGGGUUAACCUUGCCUCCAAAGUCACCUCUCACAUCUCUUUCCCUCCGCCACCUCUUGCACCACCAGGUCCUCCUCCACCUCCAGCAAGUGUCCCCACCCCUGGCCCAGCUAUCAGUAACACCAAAGCCUCCCUUCCAGUCAAUCAGGAGAAAACAUCUCCACGUCCAGUAUCUCCACAGCCUAAACCAGCACCAUCUCCCACUUCCACAGUAUCACCAUAUGGCAAACCGAUGGCUAGUCCAACCCCGUCCAAGGCUGCACAACCAAAAGGCCCUGGAGCAGGUGCACCCCCUGGUGGUGUUCCUCUCUCAAUGCGAGAAGUUGAAGAGCUGGAAAGGAUGACCAAAGAUUUCAUUAAAGACAUGGACAAUCGUGCCCCAGUUAUCACCUCUGCACCUACAGAGGUGUGUGGAAAGUGUGGAGAGGCUCUCUCCAGGUCUCAGCCAGCAGUCAGGGCAAUGGACAAACUUUUCCACUCGCACUGUUUCUGCUGUGUAACCUGCCAGCGCCCCCUGCAGGGAAUGCAGUUUUAUGACCGUGAUGGAACGCCAGAGUGUGAGGAGUGCUAUGUGAACUCUCUGGCAGUUUGUUCUCGCUGUGGAGAGCGGAUCACAGAUCGCGUGCUGAAAGCAGUGGGCCAGUGUUUCCAUGCUCACUGUUUCCGCUGCACUGCCUGUAGCUGCACACUGGAGGGCUCUCCAUUCAUCACUGAUGACAAUAACAACCCCUACUGUGUCCCUGAUUACCACCGACGGUUUUCUCCUUUGUGCGUGAGCUGCAAUGAGCCAAUUGUUCCUGACCCUGGCAGUGAGGAAACCCUCAGAGUUGUAGCCUUGGAGAAGAACUUUCAUCUUAAGUGCUACCGAUGUGAGGACUGUUCCCGCCCGCUCUCUAUAGAGGCAGAUGCUGAUGGCUGUUAUCCAUUGGACGGGAGGAUUCUAUGCAUGACGUGCCACACAAAGCGUGCCAAGCAGGCCAUGAAGUGAUUGGUGGAGACUCCUGUCACUCAUUAAAAACCAAACCUAAGAUCAAAGAUUGACUCUGCUCUGAUUCCAGGCAUUUGAUGCAUUGUUUUUGUGAGUUUUGUAAUUCCUUCUCUUUUGCCACUAUUUGUCAUAGAGUAGUAUUGUUUUGUUUUUUUGUUUGUUUGUUUUUUUUUUGUCUGUCCCUUUUCACAGCUUUAUCAGCAAGACCAGAACUUAAUAUCUACAGCAGCUCGGUUGGUUUUUUUUUUUUUUUUUUUUUUUUUUUUUUUUUUUGCAUGUCCUUUAGAAAGACCCUCAGGUCCUUUAUCAGCUUUAACAGCUUUAUCGAUGUUUACUGCAAAAUCACACAAACACCAUUUCAGCAUGUGGUUGCUUGAAUACAGUGUUCUGACAUGUCAUGUAAUUUAACAAAUGAGGACAAGGUUUUUUAGGAUGUGAUUUGAGAUUGUGUAACUGUGUGACUAUUUCUAGUUCGAUGCAACUCUUUGACUCCUAGCGUGCUUCGCACAGGCAGAACAACUCCUCCUCUCAUAAGCUUAGCACAGCCUCCUGAACAAAAAUAUUAAGGAUGAAAGGAAAGUUAGUGUUGCGUAUGAAUACUAGUAUUAAAUAAAUAUGAACCAUUUGAACUAGCGAACAGCCGAGCAAGAAAAUGCUUUUUAGAAAAUUUGCUUUCCAAAUAGACCUGCAACUGCAUAGAUGCAUAUGAAGCCUGGUAGGGAAUUGUGUGUUUAUAUAAUUGGUUAGUCUAUGAACAGAGCUUUUUGUGUUUGUCUUGCAUGCAACAUUUAUUCAACAAGACUGCAUGAUUUUUCUUUGGGGUUGUGUUUUUUUUGUUGUUGUUUUUGUUUUUUUGUUUUUUUUUAAAUUAUAAAGCACACACAUUGACCACCAGUUACUAAUGUAAUACGAAGAAUGAUAGAUGGAUGGGAAUACUGCAUAGUAUUAAGUCAGUGACAGCCUGAUGGUUUUCAUUCAUGUAUAAAAAUGAUCCUGUGCACUAAUAUAAGUAGUGGUCAUUUGAGAUGUUUAACAGUUAGAGUCCAGUAUUCAGAAUUAUGUUAGUUGGUUGGCUGGUGAGAUUUGUUUGGGAGCAAGACUGACUUAUCACUCCUUUACACUCAUGCAUUUACAAGUUAUUAUAUAGAGCACUAUACAGAGAGCAGCAGAAAAGGAUGCACCCGACUGGAUUUGCACAACACUUACUUUUGAGUACUCCUCAUUAGCAUGGCAAACAAUUUCAACAUAUUAGUGAAAUUGAACCCCAAAAAUAGUAUGAAGUAUGAAAAGUGAUUUUUAGUAUUAAGCACACCACUAGCAAGUAUGUAUUGGCUUUAGAGAUUGUUAAACAUUUAUUAUAGACAUUUAUACAUGAGCUUGUAUGUUGGGUUCUCUGGUAUUCAUCCUGACAAGUACAUUUUGAUGUGAAAUAAAUAGCUAUGUAAUGUGGAUUUAUUGAGGGUAUUAAUCUAGUGAACUAUAGCUGGGCUCAAAUAGUGUACCGCAUCAAUGGAUAAGGAACAAAUUCAGACACCGCCUUAGUCAUGGAUUGAAAUACAGUAUCAGAAGAAUGGCUGGACUC